AUGGCUGUUGAGGCUGCUGUUUCCUUGGUCUUAGGAAAACUCAGCAAUUUCCUAGUUCAUGAGGCAGUUUUCCUUUACAAAGUGCGUGAUCAGGUUGAGUGGGUUGAGAGAGAAUUGAGGCAGAUGCGGUGCUUCUUGAAAGAUGCCGAUGCAAAACAAAGCAGUGAUGAGAGAGUGAAGAAUUGGGUGGCGGAUGUGAGAGACGUUGCUUAUGAUGCGGAAGAUGUGAUCGACAUCUUCAUCCUAAAAAUAGAAAGACAAAGGAGAAGUGGGUUUAUUGGUUUCUUCAAAAGGUUCACGUUCAUCAAAUUAUGGGCUCGACGUGAAGUUGGCAUUGAGAUCGAACGGAUAAAGAAUAAAAUCCAGGAGAUCUCAGCGAGCACAGAAAGGUAUGGCAUUAAAGAAGUUGGAGAAGGAAGCAGUUCCAGGGCUAUAAGUUUACGAAGGCAAAGGCAAACUUCUCCUCUAUUUGGAGAGACAGAUGUCAUCGGUUUUGAAGAAGACAUAAAGACAUUGGUAGCAAGGUUGAUCGAGGGUGAUUCACGACGUUGUGUGGUUUCUAUAGUUGGAAUGGGCGGUCUUGGCAAGACUACUCUUGCCAUUAAAGUUUAUAACAAUGAUGCUGUUAAGAAACAUUUUGAUUGUUGUGCUUGGGUUUUUGUAUCUCAAGAAUAUGUUGUGAGAGAUCUUUUGCAAAUCAUUAUAAAAUGCUUCAUGACUCUUACUAAAGAAGAUCUUGAGAGGGUAGAGAAAAUGAACGAUGUUCAGUUGAGGGAGAAGCUUGUCAAUCAUUUGAAUGAGAGGAGAUAUCUUGUGGUGGUGGACGAUAUAUGGCAGACCGAAGCAUGGGAUAUUUUAGGGUCUGCUUUUCCAGAUGCAAAUAACGGAAGUCGAGUCUUACUCACCACCCGCAACAGAGAUGUAGCUUCAUAUGCAGAUGCAUGGAGCUCUCCCCACAUGCUGCAGCUUUUAGGAGAUGAAAAGGGAUGGAAAUUGUUUCGUAAGAAAGCAUUCUUAGAACCAGGAAUUGAUUGCCAGCGAAAUUUAGAGAAGCUAGGAAAAGAGAUUUUGGCAAAAUGCCGUGGUCUUCCUCUUGCUAUUGUUGUCAUAGGGGGGCUACUGUCAAGGAAAGCAACGGAUCCAAAUGAGUGGGAGAAAGUACUCAGGAGAAUUAGCUCGCAAUUCAUUGAUGAUGAUUCUCGAAUCACAAGAAUAUUAGCUUUAAGCUAUGAAGAUCUACCCCACCGUCUGAAACCAUACUUUCUCUACUUCGGUGUUUUUCCAGAAGACCAUGAGUUCCGUGCUAAGAAAUUAAUUCAGCUGUGGGUUGCGGAAGGAUUUGUAGAGCCAACAGGGGAAGAAACGGUGGAGGAAGCUGCAGAAGAUUGCCUGGAGGAGCUGGUCCAUAGAAGUCUGAUUCAAGUAGCGAAAAGAGAUUCGAUUGGCGGAGUUAAAAGCUGUUGUAUCCAUGAUCUCCUACGAGAACUCUCAAUUUCAAAAGCCAAGGAAGAUAAAUUUCUCGAUGUUCAUUGUGGUGAUUCAAAUCCUCUCUCUAUAUCAAAGGCACGUCGGCUUGCUAUUCAUCAUGCCACUAGCAAGUACACUUCUUUAAAUCAUGCCAACCCACACCUUCGUUCUGUGUUGUGCUUAGCUUUAGACAGUGGAUGGCUUGGAAAAAAGCAAGAGGAGUAUCUUUACAGAGGAUUCAAUUUGCUUAGGGUGUUACAUUUAGAUGUAUCUUAUACAGAAAUAUUGCCACAGCUUCCAAAUGAAAUAGGCAAACUAAUCCACUUGAGAUACCUUGGUUUCAAGGUGAAUGCAUCCAUAACAUUAAGCCUCCCAUCAUCCAUAAGCAAUCUUUGCAACUUAGAAACACUGCAUAUAGAAGGUUCAUCCAUUAUCUACAUGCCCAAUUCUAUUUGGACGAUGCGACAAUUAAGGCAUGUGGAUGUGCCCCUAAGAAGUGUGAUAAGUGAAAGAGUAGGGCGUCCAUCAGUCGGACUUGAUUGUUUAGUUAAUCUCCAGACCUUAAAACGCGUGAAGGCUGGCGAUUGGAUAGAGGAUUGUUUGGGGGAGCUAACUAAUCUUAAGAGACUAGGAAUAUGUGGGAUCCAAAUGAGUAGUCAUGCAAAGGGAUUGUCCAACUCUCUUCCCAAAUUGAACCACCUCCAGUCUUUGAGGUUGGGAUGGAGGCAUACUAUUCCAGUGUUUAUGCCUUUCUCACAUCACUUGCAUCUGAAGAAGAUGCGUUUGAGGGGAAAGUUAGAGAAGCUACCUGAGUGGUAUGAAUUCUCACCUAACCUCACCAAGCUAACUUUGAAAUUGUCCAAGUUAAUGGAAGACCCGAUGGCGACAUUAGAGAAACUACCGAACCUUCGGAUUCUCAGAUUGCUUCUUGAUUCAUACAAGGGAAAGGAAAUGGUCUGCUCUGCACAAGGGUUUCCUCGACUUGAAUCCUUACAUGUUGUGCGGUUACCUGAAUUAGUAGACUGGAGAGUGGAGGAAGGAGCAAUGCCGAGGCUUUUACAUUUGCUGAUUCGUAGAUGCUGGACUUUGAAGAUGCUUCCAGAAGGAUUGCAAUUUGUGACUACACUCAAGAAAUUGGAGGUGCAGGACAUGCCCACUGUAUUCGAAGUAAGAAUGCGGGAAAACGGCGGAGAGGAUUGGCAUAAGAUUCAACAUAUACCCUCCAUCGAAAUAAAAGGCAGGUGA